CCUUUGUUAUAACGGCCUUAUUGAGCGCUGGUUUACAAUCUGAACCAAUGAACAUGCCACCUAUACAUGCGUUCUUGUUAGAUCCGUACUCCGUAAUGUUACUUGUUACUUGUUACUUGUUAGUUGGAAUGAAAAUCAAUGAGAGAAACAAGAUAGCACCUCAGAACAAACUAACAAUGAGACAUUUAAAUAGUCUACACUUCCUUCCCUUGUUGCUCAUUGUGUUAAUAAUUUUCAAUAUCAAACAGACUAAACGUUUAGUUCAAGGUCUGCUAUAACAUAUUGACAUUUCUAAUGAUGGUCUCCUAGAACUCUAACAUGUUGCGCUUACUGCUGCCAUUAUUGAUCUGGAUACAUACAGCAAUUACUAAUGCUAAUA